ACACUUCCCUGCAGUCCUACUGUCCUAGACGCUGAACUCUGAAGAUUUGAGUUGUUUUGAACUGUGGAGCACUGGAGCUGAUUUCGGGAUUUUGACACUUCUUUUUGGUUUCGUUUGUGCAUUCGUUUUACAAGUCCGUGCUCUGCAUUGUUAGUGUUCCUUGUUCAAUAUCAUUGUCCACUAUUAGCUGGCGUGAGAAUAUUUUGUGCACAUUUGUGCAUUCUUGAAACUUGAAAGGGACCUGUCGAAGUUCGAGGCUGCGAAUUUUCGCAAGCACCCAUUUAGGGGACCUUUCUCAUUUAGGGGAACGGGAAACUGUUUAACGUCUCGACAUGAGUGCAAACGCCAGCACAGAAGGAGCUCACCCUAAGGGGUUUCGGGUCGUGCAGACUCUUUCAAGUGCAGACAGCGACAAUGGAGCGUUUGAUGUGGUCUGUUUGGAGUUUGCGAACUAUUUCAUGGUCUUCGCCACUUCGGAGCCAAAAAUAGGGACGCUGAUAGAAGCCGCGCCUGAUGAUAUUGUCGAUUUGGGAAACCCGACUACGUAUUCCACCACAGUAGUUUUUGGACGCGAUGAGCUUAGUCUCCAUUUAUUAGCUCGCCGAUUGGUAGAAGUCGUACAGCGGAGAAUUUUGUUAGCGGUUUCCGGUGGCAGUCUCACACUGGAAGCGAUACGGACUGUUGAAGCCGAGGUGCGCAAGGGGAAUCUGGCAGCAAACAGGCAGAUUGCAGUGGGAACAGAUAUGGGAUCUCUUUGCACGCAGAUGGUACCGUUGUCUUUAAAUGAUAUUUCAGCAGAUAAGGUGCUGUGAAAUUGCUCCGGCCUGUUGCGGUUUCUGCUCUAGUUUCCAAGACAUUUUUGCACUUGAUGAUACGUUCUUCACUCCCAGAUUAUUUUUGUAUUUUCAUGCUGCGUGCGACAAGCUCUCGCCAGUUUGUAUAAUACUUUUCGAUGGAACGGAGUAAUUUUAUAGGUGUAACGAUGAGAGUUGCGCACCUGUUUUGCUGUUCGCUGUUGCACCCAGAAACGUAUAUAAAAGCGAUAUUUUG